CAGUUCGCAAUUUUUCGUAUUCUUCCUACACUAAUUCACUGUAAUCUAUUGCUUUUACUUCUUUUUAACAACACAGGUGGUUUCCAAAAUGAACGCGUAGCUUUUAUAGGUGUGUGUUUUUAAUUAGAGUAUGUGCUGAUGCGCUGAACGCGUCGCUCCGGCAGUGCGUCUCUCCUCCACACGCGCGCGUCUUGCUCCUCGCGUGCAGGUGUGACUUUCCUCGGAUGCUCGUGAUCAUUUGAACCCGAGCCCAUCGCAUCAUGACAGACUCCUCCUCUGCUACUGACCCCGCAGCUGCUGGUGGUCCUCCUGAAGACCCCGGUCCUGAUCCUUGUCCUGGCUCUGUCCCGGAUCCAGCGGUGGUGGAUCACGCAACGACUCCCGCAAACGGACACCAUCCGAACCAAGAUACUUUGAGCAUGGAGCAGCAAAUGAAGAUAGGCGAACCGGAGGACAACGGUCUCCUAGAGAGCAGCAUGCGUUUGAAACCUCACGAGGCACAGAGUUACAGAAAAAAGGCAUUAUGGGUAUCGUGGAUCUCUAUAGUGGUGACGAUAAUAUUGGCCAUCGCAGCAUUCACUGUUUCUAUAAUGCGGCAUAGUGCAUCGGCGUUUGGGUUCGCUUUUGACGCCACUCUUGACGUUCUAUCCUCCAUGAUUGUUCUCUGGCGAUAUAGUAAUGCUGCAGCCGUCCAUUCAGCACACAGAGAAUACAUAGCUUGUGUGAUCCUCGGGGUGGUGUUUAUCCUGUCGUCCAUCACUAUCCUGGUGAAAGCCAUUCACGAUCUCGCCACAAAGCUGCUACCAGAAGUGGAUGAUUUCCUGUACAGUGUGUCUGUGAUCAGUGGGGUGGUGUGCACGAUUCUGUCCGUCUGUAAGUUCAUGCUGGGGAAAGUCCUCACCAGCAGGGUGCUCAUUACUGAUGGCUUUAACUCUUUGGUUGGAGGCGUGAUGGGAUUUUCGAUCCUAAUCAGUGCUGAGGUGUUUAAACAUGAACCUAAGGUCUGGUUCCUGGACGGGACUAUCGGUGUUCUGAUUGGACUGGUUAUCCUCGCCUACGGAGUCAAGUUGUUAGUUGACAUGGUCCCCCGCCUCAGGCAGACGAGGCAUUACGAGCGUUUUGAGUAGGAUACCUUCAGGAGAUAUCACCUUGGACAACCCAAAUCAACUUGGCUCACACAAACACUCUUCUUGAGGUUCUUCUGAAUGGAAAACACACACACACACGUUCUCCUUGCCUCAAGGCAAACGCUACCACAAACUCCCCUUGUAAAUAUAGAAAUUAGGGAAAAACUGAGAAUUAAAUAUAUAAAACAUGUUUUAUUGUUAUUCAAGCUCUCUGAUUAGGAGCUGUUGGGUCUCUCACUUGAUCGAACUUUGGAACAAGAACCACACAGUCAAAAGAAGAGUAAGAGAGCUUAACUAUAUUAUUCGAUAUUUAAAAACCAGAUAAUUUAUAUAUUGAAAUUUCGUGUCUGUAUGGGUUUAUCGGGAAAUCUUGACAAAAAUUGUCUUUUUUGUCUGUUUAAAUGUUUUUUCUUUGUUUAAUUGUUUUUUUUUUUUUUUUUUACAUUUUUAUUAAUUUUGACUCAUAUGGAGAUAAAACAGUAUCAAAACAUCUCACAAAUGCACCUGACAAUCCACAAAUGCACUCAACAAUCCAAAAGUGCACACAUCAGAUCCACACACGCAUAUGGCAAUCUACAAAUACACGUAACAGAUUCACACUUAUGCACACUGAAAUCCACAAAUGAACGCAACAGUCAAGGCCAUGGAACAAGAGUCUCAAAACUAUCCACAAAUGCAAAAGCACCUUCACGGGCAUCCUUCUGUUGUGUGAAUUUUGAAUUAAGCAUUAUGAGUGGAUCUGUUGUGUGCAUUUGUGGAUUGAGCGCACAUUUUGAUUUGUCACAUGCAUUUGUGGAUUGCCUUGUGUGCGUGUUGAUCUGUUGCGUGUGUUUGUAGAUUGCCGUGUGCGUAUGUAUGGAUCUGUUACAUGCAUUUGUAGAUUUCCAUGUGUGUGUUUGGAUCAGUUGUAUGCAUUUAUGAAUUUUCAUGUGCAUUUGUGAGAUGUUUUGAUACUGUUUUACCUCCAUAUACUCUGAAACUGAAAGAUCUGUUAAAUCUGAGGAUGUUUGCAAAUCCUUUUUUUUUUUUUUUUUUCUCCCCUUUUUCUCCCAAUUUGGAAUGCCCAAUUCCCACUACUUAGUAGGUCCUCGUGGUAGCACGGUUACUCACCUCAAUCCGGGUGGUGGAGGACAAGUCUCAGUUGCCUCCGCUUCUGAGACCGUCAAUCCACGCAUCUUAUCAAGUGACUCGUUGUGCAUGACACCGCGGAGACUCACAGCAUGUGGAGGCUCAUGCUACUCUCCGCGAUCCAUGCACAAAUUGCCACGCACCCCAUUGAGAGCGAGAACCCCAAAUAGCGACCACGAGGAGGUUACCCCAUGUGACUCUACCCUCCCUAGCAACUGGGCCAAUUUGGUUGCUUAGGAGACCAGCACACCCUAGAUUUGACCUCGUGACUCCAGGGGUGGUAGUCAGCGUCAGUACUCGCUGAGCUACUCAAGCCCCCACCCCAUUUGCGAAUUCUUGUGAAAUUUUCACCUUUCACAAAUUCAACGAACUAUCAAAAUUAAACCAUUUUCAGAGUUUUUGGUGUCUGAGAUAAACUAGAGUUCUCGUUUUUACAUUUAAACAGAGAGCUUUCAAUAUAAUACAUUAAUGUUAACACUUUACAAUAAGGUUGUGUUUGUUAACAUUAGUAAAUGCAUUAGGUAUCAUGAACUAAUAACGAACAAUAUUUUUUACAGCAUUUAUUAAUCUUGGUUUAUGAAAAUACAGUUGUUCAUUGUUAGUUCAUAUUAGCUCAAUGCAUUUUUUAUUGUUAAUUAUUACAUCUUUUAAUUUGAAAAAGUGUAUUAGUUUUUGUUGUAGUUAAAAUUAACCAAGAAUAAUGAGUGCUGUACAUUUUUUGUUCAUGUUAACUAAUGUAGUUAACUAAUGUUAACAAAUACAACCUUAUUGGAAAGUGUCAACAAGUUAACAGUAGAAAAGUCAAACAUAUCACAGUAUCAAAGUAUGGAUUUUUUUUAUAGUGCACAAAUAAAAGUUAUGUGAAAGCAGUUUCACUAAAAAAAGUCAAAUGAAUUAAUUAGAAUAAAUAUUAAAUGUUUAACUGUGAUGAAGGUACUGUAUAUCUGGUAUACAUAAUCAAAAUUGUUGCCAUAAUAGGUGCUGUAAUAUGUGAAAAAGUUUCAAAGUUUUGAGAGGACAUAUGUAAAGAAUGAACUGACCUUUUUAAAUACCUUUUUUUUUUUUUUUUUUUUUAUUCAUUUAGUUUUUUCCUUGUCAAAAUGUGCCAUCUAAUUUAAAGUAUAUCAUUUGACAAACAGGGCACUUUCAUAUCAGAUAUUUUAAUACAUAUUAAUUCUCUUGUAACAUACUCAGUCAAAACAUUAUAGCAAUUUAUAAAGUUAAGAUAAUUAGAAAAUGUGCAGUUUUUGAAAUGCUCUUAUUGGUUCGUCAUAUCUAACUAACGUAAUAAUAACAUUUUGUAGUACAGUAAUAAUUUCGUCUUUCGCACUUCAUUGAAACAGUAUUGUAAAAUUAGUUUCAGCUUGAUCCAGCCUUGCGUACUGCUUUUGUAAAAACUUGUAGUUAAACAUUAGGUGGCACACAGUUGCAUUUAACGUUACUUGUACAGUAACAAAGCCUUAAAACUUGACCCUUCAUGAUGUGAAGUUACAUGUUCUUGAGUAUUACAUAGACUGUUGCCAUGAAAUUUGGCUAUUGACAUGUAUAUUUGGGAAAAGCCAAGUUUCCAAGCAUUUUAUGUAGCAAAUAUAACAUAGCUCCGUGAAGCAGAUGAGUAUAACUGUGAUGUUACAGUAAGAUCACGUAUGUGCUAUCCAGUGGCAGUUCGUAGUUAGGUGAAAAGCACAUUUCUGCUUUAAUGUUUGUGCUUUUGGAGAUCUUUAUGACUUUAAGCUGUUUUUUAAUUUUCAGGUGUGCAGUAUUUCAUGAGGUGGUUGGAUAUACUGUUCGGUUCUUUAUUAGCAUGUUAAAUACCUUGAUGCUUUGUUAGAGGUAUUAGGCACAAGCGCACACCCCUGCUAAUGGGACUUUUUUCAUUUGCACAGUUUGUUAAACCACAUAUAGAAGUGUGCUUAGGACUUAAAAGGGAGGCUCCCAAAAAGAAUGGGAUUUGGACCAUUAUUUGAUUAAUGACCUGAAUUAAUCACCACACAACUGCUCAAAGAACAAAUGCUGACAAAGAGGCGAUGUCAACCCAUGUUGAACCGCCGUGGAAUACGAAUGUGAUACAUGAAUGUAUAUACAACUAUGUUACUGUGGAGUACACAUGUAUAUUCACAUAGCAAUGUCUGUUGUCACAGAAAAAAGUUUAUUUGAAAAAUAAAGAUAUAUCCUACUGA